CUCAGUGAACCACACUAAAAAUACCAAAUAACUAUUCCAAGUAUUCCAAGCAAUGAAUUUAUGUCGUAAUAGAUUAGAAAGGUGAUCAGUCGCUCCCUUAGUAAAGGCCAACUUCUGGCUUCAUUUCUCACAUAUAGAUUUUCAUAUACAAAACCUCAAUUUUUUCCAACACUUGCAGGCUGGAAAAUUUGGGCUUGCCAUCCUGUUCGCAGGCUAUUUAAACUCUGAAUUAAUAUUACACAAUAAUGGCACUCCACUCAUUCAGAAAGUGUCCAUAUCUAUUCCUCCCAUGCAAAGUGCUUUUCAGGCAGUUCGCUACAAAGAAUGGUAGCGCUUCGUCGAAGGGCCAUGUGCCCUUGCUCCUUGCGGCAAUGCCUGUGAUUUCUUUCGGCCUCGGAACAUGGCAAGUAUAUCGACUACAGUGGAAGAAAUCGCUGAUUCAGCAACUCGAGGACAAAACAAUGAAAGAACCAUUGGAAAUCACAGAUAGGUUGGUAUAUACACUCAACAGCCAUAUUAUGUUGGAUGACCAAUCUCUUUUUUCAACAUUGAGUAUUUUGCAAUGGGAACGCAGAGAACAUUGGAACACAGGGGAACAAGGGUUAACAUGGUGAAAUCUUUGUUGGGAACAUUCAACAAGGGAACAAAGGACCACCAUUUUGAGAUGACUGAUUAUAUAACCAGUGGCGUAGCCAGCCCGAUGAUUCAGUCCCGCUAUGCAAAUAUUGCCAUGUUUAUGAACUGUCAACACAAUCAAUUUGUAAAGAAAUGAAUAAGUUGAUGAGUUGAAAUUUUAAUAAAUAUAAAUGAAUAAAGAAUGAUGAGUUGAAAUUUGCAUAGCGGGACAAAACGUCUAGCUGGCUACGCCAGUGAUUAUAACCAAAACCAUCCACCAUCACUAUCACCAUAUAUCACUACCUAUAUUGUCAUCCCUAUAGUCACCAGCAUCAUGGUCACCACCAUAAUCACUAUUAUAUGACAAUAACCAAUACCUGAAUACUACCAUUAUCAUUCACAUCUUCAUCACCACUGAUGUCACUAUCCCCACUACCAUUAUAAUCACCAGCACCACCAUUCCUAUUACCACACUAUCACCAACACUAUCAUCAUGGCUAUCAUCAUUACCGCCACCAUCAUCACUAAUAUAAUGACAUCAUAAUCACUAGCAUCACAAUCACUAUCAAUAACACUAACAUAAUCAUCCAUCAUCACCAUCAUCACAACUAUCAUCAUCACAACUAUCAUCAUCACAACUAUCAUCAUCAUCAUCACAACUAUCAUCAUCAUCAUCACAACUAUCAUCAUCAUCAUCAUCAUCAUCACAACUAUCAUUAUCAUCACAACUAUCAUCAUCACAACUAUCAUCAUCAUCAUCAUCACAACUAUCAUCAUCACCAUCACUACCAAAAACACUAAUAUAAUCAUCCAUCAUCACCACCACCACCAUCAUCAUCACCACCAUCAUCACCACCAUCAUCAUCAUCAUCAUCAUCACCACCGCCAUGACCAUCACCACCACAGCCAUCAUUAUCCCUAACAACAACACCAAUAUAAUUAUCCAUCAUCGUUAACACCACCAUCACCACCACCAUAAUCAUCACAUUACUUCCAGCACCAUCACCACCAUCAUCAACACCAUCAUCAACACCAUCAUCAACACCAUCAUCAUCACCACCAUAAUCACCACCAUCAUCAACACCAUCAUCAACACCAUCAUCACCACCAUCAUCAACACCAUCAUUAACACCAUCAUCACCACCAUCAUCAUCACCACCAUAAUCACCACCAUCAUCAACACCAUCAUGAACCAUAAUCACCACAUUACUUCAACCACCAUCACUACCACCCACCACCAUCAUUACCAUCUUAUAUAACCACUCUUUCCCAACCACUAAGCAUUCCAUUUCAUAUUUUAAUGUCAUAUUUAUUAAAGCUUAGAGUUCCUCAAAGAUGAAGAAAUGCAGUACAGACGUGUUAAAAUAAAAGGCACAUUUGACCAUUCCAAAGAGAUGCACCUAUUCCCUCGGUCACAAAACAAUGACGAAAGAUCUGCAGGAAUGGGACGCCCCAACCCAACUGGUGCUCAAAUCAUUACUCCAUUUUGCUUGUCCUCUGGGUAUGGUAUAUAGCUGUGAUGAUAAACUAAUUCAAGGUGUUAGCAACAGUAAAAAUUCGCCGUUUUCGCCGUUUAGUUAGCAUUUUCCCGAUUUAUAGCUGCCCAAAUUAACAUUAAAAAGAAAAAAUAUAAGAUUUUGAAACUACCAGUGGCGUAGCCAAAACGAUAAUUGGGGGCAUAUUCGCCUUAUUCGUGUUCACAUACCAUAAAAACAAUUACUGAUUUCCAAAGAAAUUAAUACAAGCAGAACGCGAAUAUGCCCCAAUUAUCAUUCUGUCCUCACUAGGACCUUAUUGCAGAAUAAUACCUACACUGGACCUCCAUUUGAGAUAACGUUUCUAUGUUUUAGCGAAAAAAUUCUCGUGAAUAGAGGAUGGGUGGAGAAGUCAAAAAUGAAUCCUGCAACUCGACCAAAAGGCCAGGUAAGGGCUUGGACAUAUAUCCCAUGGUUUGGUAAAUCUGGCCCAUAUAAUUAAUAACCUCGUAUCGUAUUAAACAGUUCAAUUGAAAUCAUACAAUGAUCAAUACAGUCUUUAUUAGCAAUUUGGCAUUGUUAUAAUUGUAUCUAUAGGUUAAAUUGGUAUUGUUUGAUCAUAGGUAGCUGGAGAAGUGGAGAUUGUUGCUUUCAUCCGCCUUGGGCAAAAGGUUGGAUUUAUUUUAAUGAUUAUAUAUUGAUUAUGUAAUGUUUUAUGAACAACUUCCUUUUCAAUAAGUUCUUUGUAUACAUGUUUGCAUGGUGAUAAAAUAUAAUAGUUUUGUUUGUGGAAACACCACGUAAAUUUAUUACUGCAAAGCUUUCGAUCCGUAAGCCCGGAUUUUCAUCAGUGCUAAUAAUAUGUGACUUGUUUUAUUCACACCCUCUUUUUAUAUACAAAAAGUGUCGUGAUCUGUUGGAUCGCGAACUUCCUUUUCAUGUAAAACGCUGGGCAAACUAGACAACAUUGAUGCAGAAAAUUGUUUCCUAGCCAUGUUUCCUGAAGGUGGACAAACCAGGAAACAUUGUUUCCAAGCCAUACUCCGUGAAGAUGGGCAAACCAGGAAACAUUGUUUCCUAGCGAUGUUUCCUGAAGGUGGACAAACCAGGAAAGAUCGUCUCCUAGCCAUCUUCCCUUGAGGCUUGAAGGUACUGGCGGCAAAUCAGGAAAUAUGUUUCCCGAAAGUAUGUCAAUGAAUUUUCUGGAAACACGUUUGCCUCCUCGAAAACAAAAUUUAUCCAAGAAUGGAAAGACGGAGAAACACUCUCGAGAGAAAAUCAGAAUUUUGAAAUGUUUCCGCAUUAAUGUUUCCUGGUUUGUCAAAGGCUUAAGAGACAAUCGAAGAUAUGAAUGCAAAACUGUUCGUCGUUUAUGUGUAGAGACCACAGUUUGUUCCUAAGAAUGAUAUUGAGAAAAACAACUGGCAUUAUUGCGACUUGGAUCAAAUGGCGCAGGUCGCUCAAACCUUGCCUAUUCUGGUUGAUGCGGAUGCAGG